CAAUAAAGCACCAUCAAUAUCCACAGUAUAUCGCUGUCCAGCUCAUUUCUAGAAUUCCAAAUUUGUGUUGCGAAAAAUCGCAUAUUGUGGCAGCACUGAGCCGCUGUGGCAUCACUAUUCGGCGCUUUUGAGAUACGGCCAUUUUUUCGGGUCUUUGCGAUUUUCUUCAGAUCGCAUAAAACAUUAAUAUCCGUUGAAUUAUGGCACCGUUUAAACGAGCGCGGCAGCCAAAGUUCAGCACACAGGCAUUGCUGGAUUUCGAUCUGGGCGAGAGUUCGUCGGAUAGUGAUUUCCUGCCAGACGAUGACAACGACAACGAAAAUGAGAGCGACGGGGAGGGUGACAGCAGCGACGCCAGUAGCAGCAGCGGCUCGGACUCAAAUGCCGACUCGUCGGAGAGCGAGGAUUCUACAUUGCAACUGCGUCAGCUGCUGGCCGAAAACGAUGUGGGUGCUGCGGCGUCGCAUGUGAAUGGAAUUGCACCGCAUGGACAGGAAAACGGGCUGCCCGCAUUUCGAGCAUUAGAACCGGCGCAGCUCUCGCAGGCGCCGCCUAAGCGAAUGUGCUGUGUGUGUCUGGGCGAACGCAGUGACGAUGUCAACGAGAUUGUCGAGUGCGAUGCUUGUGGCGUAUCUGUGCAUGAGGGUUGUUAUGGAGUGAGCGAUAACGUAAGCAUAUCCAGCACCAACUCCACGUGCUCUACCGAACCCUGGUUUUGUGAGGCCUGUAGAGCCGGUGUCUCUGAGCCAGACUGUGAGCUGUGCCCAAAUAAAGGCGGAAUUUACAAAGAGACGGAUGUUGGUAAAUGGGUGCACUUGAUUUGCGCGCUCUAUGUGCCUGGCGUGGCAUUUGGUGAAGUGGAGCAGUUGUCUUCGGUCACACUCUUUGAGAUGCAGUACAGCAAAUGGGGUGCCAAGGUGUGCUCCUUAUGUGAGAAUUCGCUAUUUGCUCGUACUGGCGUCUGCAUUGGCUGCGAUGCCGGUAUGUGCAAGACCUACUUCCAUGUCACAUGCGCCCAAGCGGCAGGAUUUCUCAUCGAAGCUCAUCAUGAAGAUGAUGCCGCCGAUCCCUUUUAUGCUCACUGUAAAGUGCACUCGGAGAAAGAAAUGAUUAAGAAGCGGAGGCGUAAUUAUCAGACGCUACGGUUGAAUAUGCUUCAAAAGAUUAAGGAACGCGUUGCUGUCGAACAGCCUGGCGAACCAAAUCCCGCACAGGCACGAAUACAACGCAAGCUGCUCAAAAUCCAGCACAAAUAUGGGCAACACAAGCAACUGAAACCGACUCCUUGGGUCCCCACGCAGAAAAUGUCACGACUGUUGACGACAUCGGCUUCCGCAUGCCGACGGUUGCUGGCCAAGGCCGAAACCAUGUCCGUGGAUGUGCAGUAUUUGGAGCAACGGGAGGCCCAUAUCAAUGCCCUGACAGACAUACGCAAAAAGUGGCACAUAGCACCCGUUUUUAGUGUCGAGUUUGUCGCUUACUACAUGGACCGUAUUGUACGCAUGGAAGAGUUGAAGCAACAGCAGCAGCAGUUGCUGCUCGACAAUGCAGCGCUAUCCAGGGAACAGGAUGAGCUGCGUGCCGAAUACGAUAGGGCGCUUGAGGAAAAGAAGGCAGCGAAAACAACGCGAGACUCUCUGGUCGCCAGCAUAAAGGCCUUGCACAGCAAUCUGGCCCUUCUCAAUCCCAAUCUUAAUUUGCUAACUACGGAGCAGAUAGUGCGUCCACAAUUAGAGGUAGCCAAGGCAAGCACGCCACCUCAACGUCCCAUCUCUGUGCCGACUGCAGCCGCUCUUAAAAUGGGCGUUGGCUUUCCACUUUCACACCUCGCACCGCCUGGAGCCAAGGAUUCAACCCGUAUGCUGAGCACUCACGCCAAACACAGCAAUAACUCCAAGACGGGAACAGGAUCGACUGCCAUAACGCCAUCAAUGGCCUGUGGCAUAUGCAAGCGAAAUAACGAUCAACAUUUACUGGUAAAGUGUGACACCUGCAAUCUGUACUACCAUUUAGGCUGCUUAAAUCCGCCGUUAACGCGACCGCCCAAGAAAUCCAAACAGUAUGGCUGGCAGUGCUCCGAAUGCUGUGAUAAAUCGGAUGUAUCCGAUGCUGUGACUGAAAUCUCAUCGGGUCCGCGAAAGUCACGCACACGUUUCAAUAAAGACGGUCAUUUGGUUUAUGUAGAUCGCUAUUCGCUGGAUGAUAUUCCCGCGCAUUUUCCCAAGGAAGCGACCAAACGGGCCUUAAAUAAAUCUUUGCCAGCUGUAGUCGAACCUACUGAAGAUAUAUACAAAUCUCCAGCUCAAAAAAGACCCAAGCAGCAAUCCCCGCGUAAGACCCUUUCAAAUGCACUAGUUACUGCAGCUCCUGAAAAAGAGAUGCCGACGCAACUAGCCGCUGAUGAUGCUGCAUCCGAUAAGCUGUCGUUGCUCACCGCUACUAUCUCGAAUCUUUCUGGCUGCGAUGAUUCUAUAGACGACUCCAUUGGCAAGCAGUCGCGCAAAGGCAAACGCAAGGAUAAGCACAAAAACAAACACAACUUGUCAUCGGAUACAGAGAAGUCCUCAAAUAAGGAGCACAAACGCAAGCGAAAAAAGCGCGCCCAUCUCGAGGAUUCCACUCAAGACACGGCGAACUCUGCAGGCAGCACUAUCAAAAUAAUUUUCAAAACUUUACGUCUGCCCGGUGAAGAUGCUCCUGAAUCGCAGUAUUUUUAUGUGCCUGCCAAUGCAGUACGCUCGGUGGAUGAAGCAUCACGGCCAACCUCUGUGGAAACUGUUGAGGAUGUUACCCAACCAGAGCCACAGCUGCAGCUACAGCCGGCAACAGUUCCCACUCGUACAGUGUCGCCUCAGAAACUUAAAGACGUUAAAGAAAUAGAGGUAGUGGCGGAAGCCAGUGCUUGCUCCCCACAGCGCAAGGUUAGUCCACGUAAGGCAAGUCCCAGGAAACCACGCGUUGGACGACCUCGAUUAUCCAAUCCCAAGCAAAACAUUGAAAUCAAUUGCUGCGUUUGCACCAAACCCGGCAAGACCAAUCAGGUUGUGACUUGUGAUGAGUGUGCCAAACAUUAUCAUUUUGCUUGUCUCGAUCCGCCGCUAAAAAAAUCGCCUAAAAUUCGCGGAUAUUCCUGGCACUGUGCCGAUUGCGAUCCCACGGAAGACGAAGCGCAGCAACAAAAAAAGAAAAAGUAGUUUUUAUUCAUUUAUAUAGUUUACUUAAUUUUAUUACAUCAAAUAUUAAAGUUUUUUAGGUUUUCAUUAAUUAGUAUUUAUUAAUAAAUUUCUUCGAUAUAAACUAAAAUACUUUUAUAUCAAAAAUACAAAGU